AUGAAGAGGCAGAACGUGCGGACGCUGUCCCUGAUCGUCUGCACGUUCACCUAUCUGCUGGUCGGGGCCGCGGUGUUUGACGCGCUCGAGUCGGACUUCGAGAUGCGGGAAAAGGAGCAGCUCGAGGCGGAGGAGAAGCGGCUCCAGGGCAAGUACAACAUCAGCGAGGACGACUAUAGAAAGCUGGAGACCAUCAUCAUGGAGGCCGAACCCCACAGAGCGGGGGUCCAGUGGAAAUUUGCAGGGUCCUUUUACUUUGCCAUCACUGUCAUUACAACUAUUGGUUAUGGCCAUGCGGCUCCAGGCACAGAUGCAGGAAAGGCGUUUUGCAUGUUUUAUGCAGUGUUGGGCAUCCCUCUCACACUAGUGAUGUUUCAAAGUCUCGGCGAGAGGAUGAACACCUUUGUCAAGUACCUGCUCAAGCGCAUCAAAAAGUGCUGCGGGAUGCGCAUCACGGACGUCUCCAUGGAGAACAUGGUGACCGUAGGGUUCUUCUCCUGCAUGGGAACGCUUUGUAUUGGAGCGGUGGCUUUCUCCCACUAUGAGGACUGGAGUUUCUUUCAAUCCUAUUAUUAUUGUUUUAUAACGCUCACCACAAUUGGGUUUGGGGACUUUGUAGCCCUGCAGAAGAACAGAGCCUUGCAGAGAAAGCCACUCUACGUGGCCUUCAGCUUCAUGUACAUCUUAGUUGGGCUGACGGUGAUUGGAGCAUUUCUCAAUUUGGUGGUGUUGCGUUUCCUGACCAUGAACAGCGAGGACGAACGGCGGGAUGCGGAGGAGAGAGCCUCUCUUGUGGGAAACCGUAGUAGCAUGAUUAUCCACAUCCAGGAGGACACACUUCAGAGGAGUCGACGGAGACGAGAGCAGCAGCAACAACGCUACAGAUCAGAAGUCACCAAUCUCCAAUCUGUGUGCUCAUGCAUGCAUUACCAUUCACAUGAGUUUGGGAGGGGUGCAUUUCCGCACCAGAACUCGUUCGGCUCCCAGUUGAGUCCGCAUCAGUACCACCACUCGACGGUGUCCUACCACAUUGAGGAAAUCUCGCCGAGCACAUUGAAAAAUAGCUUCCUACCCUCACCUAUCAGCUCUGUCUCACCAGGGCUGCACAGCUUCAUGGAAAACCUCCGAUUGAUGAGACGACGCAAGUCCAUUUGAGGCCAAAUGUCACUUGGUUUGGGUUUCUCGAGAAUGCGGUAUUUAUUCAAUAAUCGCAAUCACACACAUCCAAUGCUGCUGCUCUCCCAAACUGCAAUCCUGCUCUUUGUCCUUUUGUUUUGGCUCGUGCGAGAUAAUAAACAUGCAGAAGUAAUGUCAGACCAUGUGAGCAGGAUGGUUGAUUGGAUGAUGGAUAUACAGCAUAUGAAUUUGCUGAUUUAGAAAAAGCAUGAAGCAUGGAUAUCUAUUUUUGCAGAAAAACAGCACCUGGGCCUUCUUUGCCCAUUUGAGCAGCACCCAAACAGCAGGUUUGGAUCUACUAUAACCCUGAUAUCAUAUCAGAUGAUGCACACUUGAGUUUUGAAUAAUAAAGAGGGAGAUAUAUAAUUUUUUAAAGGGACAUGUGAAAAAGCGUGUUUUAUCAUAUGGUGAGCAGCCUCUGGUUCUUUAUGAAAUUCAAGUGCCACACCACCGAAGGAGAUAUUAAGAUUAAAAAAAAACUGCUUUGAAAAGGACUACACUGUAUCAGGUAUUGUUUUCUAUAAGCAAUUCUAUUUAAGACAUUAAUUCACAUCAUGCCAAAAUAUUGUUGCCAACCAUUGCAUGUGCAUUUGAUGUACAUCAUUGUUUGCGUUAUCUUUUGUUUUUUAGUUUUCGUUUCGUUAAUUUAAAUUGAAAGCUUUUGUAAAUUAUACAUGUAUGUAGAGACAUUCCAAGUGCGUUAUAUCUAAAUGUUACAGAUGGAAGACAGCAAAAGUCGGUUUAAAGAAAAGAAUUGCAUGUACUUCGUUUAAACUGGUAUGCAUAUACUGUCAAAAAGGGAAAGUGAUCGCUACCUUAGCACUGGAUCCGAUAUAAUAAGCAAAUAUUCCUUUAAAGUAUUUUUUGAAAUAAAAGUUGAAUUUCUGCCUCUAAAAUGUCAAAUAAUUGAAACACCAAUCUCAAGGGCAUUUAAAAAGACUCACAAUGGAAACAUACUGACAUCACCAAUGAUUGUUAUUCAUCGUUAUUUAUAUAAACAACAGCACGUUGACUUAUUAUUCCAUUGUGAACAGAUUCAAAUGUAUAAUGUAUGUUAUAACCCUAGUAAUGAUUGCUUUGCU